UUGGCUACUUUGAGGAAAAUCGGAAGCUCUCUUGUGACAGACUUGCACCACGACCAUCCUUUUUUGGUCCAUUGCCUUCUGCAGCAUCUCAAAACUCGGAGUCCUCAACAAGUUAAUUCAGCAAAAAGAAUGUUCGCUGGCCCAAUAGUUUUUGCUGUAUUCAUAGUGACUUCUUCAUUCGCCGAGGAAAGUGCAUCGAAUGAUGUGGCACAAGAGAAACGAGCUCCAAUGGGUUUUCAGGGGAUGCGAGGCAAGAAGGAUCUUCUAUCCUCAGAAAACGACGAGUACUCGAAAAGAGCUCCCAUGGGAUUUCAGGGUAUGCGUGGGAAGAAAACUGUGCUCGGACCCGACAUAGAUGAAAAUUUUCUCUCCGAGAAUGCUGAUAAGCGAGCACCCAUGGGUUUCCAGGGAAUGAGAGGAAAAAAGGAAUACCUGAUACCAGUGUUUGAGGAUCCUUACUAUAAUGAAGAAUACGAAAAGAGAGCACCCAUGGGUUUUCAGGGUAUGCGUGGAAAGAAAACUAUAUCCGAUGAAAACUUCAGCAAACGAGGUCCUAUGGGCUUUCACGGCAUGAGAGGAAAAAAAUCAUUCGAAGAGAUUUUGGAAGACAUAGAAAAGAGAGCACUAAUGGGAUUCCAUGGAAUGAGGGGUAAAAAGUCCUACACAUUUGAUUACCCUGAAGAAUAUGAAAAAAGGUCCUUAGCCAUGGGAUUCCAGGGGGUGAGGGGAAAAAGGGAAGAACUUACUGAAGACUGGGGGAAAAGGGCACCUAUGGGGUUCCAGGGAAUGAGAGGCAAAAAGAACUCGCUGGACGAUGUUCAAGAAUUGCAUAAACGAGCAAUAAUGGGAUUCCAGGGAAUGAGAGGAAAACGGAGUGUAGAAAAUUCCUAUGGAUCCACUAGUGACUCUACCAAGAGGGCAUCACUGAGUUUACAAGGCUCAUUGAGAGAUAGAGGGGAGAGUGCACCCUACUAUUUCAAAAAGCUAUCGCCUUUUCGGUAUUUCGGAAUUCGAGGUAAGAAAAAUCCACGCUGGGGUAUUCGGGGAAAGUUUGUGGGAGUUCGAGGAAAAAAAUGGAAAGCCUCACCAUACGAGGAUCGGAUUCAACUAAAAAAACUAUUUGAUAACAUCGAGAGGCUGAACCGCUUGUCAGGAUCGUCAUCAGUAUUAGAAAUGCAGUAGUGCUGUGAAAACGUCAGUGAAACAAAAUCAAAUUAAGUUAUUCAGUCAGGAAACUAAGCGCAGAGUGUCAGCGAGAAAAAAGUGAUGAAGAAUGCUGUCAACUCUUGUGUUUGAAAUCGAAUUUUAAAAUAAUAAUAAUUUCAAACUUUUGAAAGCAUUCCAAUUAUGGUAACAGCCCACGUUACAGUGUUUUUUCUUGAUAUUGUGAAUACCUCAUAAUAUUUUUCGAAGUAAAUUGGAUACGAUAGUUGUUCUUGGAAUAAUAUUUUGCUCAUGCGAGCAAUUUUUAAUUGAGUCAGCAACACCAUAGAUGAAAAGAGUAGGAAGGUAAUCGAAGGAGUCACUGUCAGAAGCCUAUAAUCAGUAUUAUUGUGAAUUUAUUUGGUAAUAAACAUAAUUAUAAUGUAGACUUUCUUUUGUGCCAGCAUUUAGUGGCUCCUUCUUCUCUUUUUGUACAAGGAUCAUGACAGCAAUGGCGAAGUAUCUAAACGUCCUGAACCCUAACAAUAAACAUAACCAAAUAAGUGAAUAUUUAUUGUAUCGCGAUAAAUAGGUCAUAUAUUUUUCUCUGAAUGUUAAUGAUAUUAUACUAUUCAUAUAUCUGUGUAUCUCCAUGAAAAUGAACAAUAUGUGCAUACCAUACUUUAGUCACCAUGAUAAUAACCAUCAUUAAGCGAGCCACAUCGUAUACAAAUAUAUAUGUUAUACAGAAUAUGCAACAUAAAUGGAAUAUCGAGGGAAACUUAAUAAUCUCACAUUUGUUGGCUAUUUUAUUUAAUUUCAUAUAAAAAUUACACUUUUGUGCACAUUUUUUUACUAGAAUGAAAAUUUUAUUUUUGGAUCCAAAGAUAUGUCACAAUUAAAGUUAUUUUAUGGUAGUAUUGUAUUGUGAAAACAAAAUACAUCUAUUUAGUUAUAUUUUUAAAAUAAUCUAAACAAACUAAAAUAUCCGAAAAUUUUUUCGUCCUGAAUCCAAAGCUGAUAUUAAUCCAGUAUAUCUUACCGAUUUUGUACCCUAAUUAUGUAGAAUAGUACAAUGCACAGCUCGUGUGAGAGUUCAUUCAACUUUUUGUAUAUUUACUGUUUUUCAAUUAAAUAUUCAUACAUGGACGUUUCAUAGCGUUGUAGACAUGAAAACUUUUAAAUUAACGAAGCUGCUUUAGAGCAUUAAAGAGAAUAAGAAUAUAAUUAAUUCUUCCCAUUUCUAGUUCAGUUAGAUAUUUAUUAUUGUUGAAAAAACUACAAACUGUUUUUACAAACUUCCAACAAUGAUACAAGUACAAAAUACAAUUCUAAUUUAUUUAUAUUAAGCUUGUGAUCUUUCUUUAUGAUCUCCCAUACGAGACUACCAAUAAAUGCUCUAGGCUGGGAGAGGAACAAAUUUCUUUACGCAUAGUCCUUAAUCCUACUGUAGUAUAAGAAUUAAUCCUUAAUGUCGUAUAGCUGAAUCUAUAAUCCUAAAGCAAGUUUGUGAGUAAUAGACAUCGAACAUUCAGAAAAUGGACAAAAAAAUAAUAAACAAGCAAAAACUUAUUAAAUCAUUAAUCAAAGUACCUGUCUCAGAGAAGUAACUUAUUUCAAAUCGAUUAUUAAUUCGAAAUUCUAUUUUUUAAACCAUCAAUUUGAGGACGAUAAUUUACCAUGCAAAAGUUGAAUACAGUUUUUAAAUAAUCUUCAAGUGCCUAUUAGUUUUUUUUCACAAAUCAUAAUACAUUUUUACUGUAACUCUCGCGAAACCUUUAUUUAAUAAAUUUUUUUGUCUUAAGGUUUGCAAUAAUGGAAAGUGUAAAACGUAAACAUAAUAAAAAAAACAAAGUGAAAAUAAUGGCUUUCAAUUUAAAAAUAGAAUACUUACAUUUUAUAACUUCUUUUGGUCGAGAGAAUCCCGUCUUUUCAGAGUUAUCUCUCAAACUGUUUUCAAACUUGAACACACGAUGAAACGUGCAACAAUGGAUGAAACAAGAGCGUUGUUUGAAGUACCUAGUUUGAGUUAUUCUACAUUGAUUAUGCAGACGUCCAAAAAACUCUUGUAUUUCACAACAGCCCUACAAAUGUUUUGAAUUAAAACCUCAAACGAAAUUCAAUAUUUUUUUAGCCCGGUCAGCAAAACAUGAAAAUGAUCUUAGGAAAUGUGCUUUUCAAAUUAAGUUACUAAAAUGAAGAUAAACCGACUUUUUUAUACUUCAUUAAACUAUUCUUGACUAUUAAUAAAAAAAUACUUUCCUGAUAAUAGUUAGUGCUUUGAGUUCCUCAAACAUUGAAAGUACCAUAAUUAAUAAUAUAAUAUUAUGAAAAUUAUUGAAUGAUUAUAAGAUUUUUUCUCAUUAAUUACUCCCCUCGUAUUUUAUAAUUGAAUAAACAAGUUAUGUUCUCGACUAAAGUAUGGUAAUAAUAAUUUUAAAAUGCAUAACUUUCAGAACCUUGCAAUCAAGUUGAAAUUUAUUGUGAGAACACCAGGGCUGCUUCUCUCAUGAUUUACAAGAAAAUCUUCAAAUGGAGGUUUCGACAGAACUGAUUUUGUACAUUCCUUUCAUAAUUUGAUACACGUCUUAUAACUUUUUCAAUAAUUUUUGAGAAACGUUUUAAACCAACAAGAAAUAGAUGGCAGUCCUAGAAAAAAAUAUAUUGCCAUAAAUCACAACUCUAUGAGUAGAAAAUAGAAUUUAGACUUGAUUUUGAACUUUAGUUUAACUCCUCAAUGACAAAACUUAAGAUGAUAAAUCGUAAGUGUAACGUUUGCGAUUAAUGGAAUGAGUAAUAUACAUAUAUAUGCAGUAUACAUUGCUCCUUGGUGCUGAAAACUAUGACAUGCCUCAUAUGUGAUCAUAUGAGACUAUGUAAAGAUAAAUCUAUCGAGAAUGGAGAAUCAUGCUAUAAUGUCAUAUUAUAUUAUAUUUUUAUUUGUAGAAAAAAAUCAUAUACGCUCAGUAGAUAUAUGCCAUUUAAAAAGAGAAGAAGUACCAACAUGUAGUGAGAAUGAAGUAGAGCCGUUCUCUAUUGUACCUAAGUCCUGAUGGAAAGGGAAUAAUGUGAGAGAAACAUUGUUGAAUGUAUAUAUACUUAUUUAUGCAGAAACGAUGAAAAUUUACAAAUACGUAUGUAAUAAAAUUGUGGCUACUAUGAUUAUUACUCUACUUAAAUUAUUUAUGGAUGUACUAAAUAGAGGCAAUAUAUAUAGAUAUGUCUACCUAAAGUUCAAGCGCAUAUCAAUAAAGUCAGUUCAUUAUAUUACAUACCCAAUGUCUAUUAAAAAAAUUUUAUUUUAUUUUAUUAUAUAUUAUUUCGAAUUUUGAGACAUCAUUAUUUC